UAAUAAUAAAAAAUACGACUAACAUCAUAUUAAUAUUUUUUUUUCGUUUCCAAUAUAAUUUUACUGAUUUGUGCUCCUCUUCUCCAUCUCCUUCUUCUUUUUCCUUCUAUUUCAAUCUUUUACAGUAAAGCAGCAGUAAGACAAGAUGGCUUCUCGCAUUCAACAAGUAACAAAUCAUUUGGCUCCUUCCGACAAGGUUGCCAACAAAAUCGGUGUCAAGUCUCCUGAAGACGUCGUCAUUGUCAGCGCUCUUCGUUCCGCCAUUACCCGUGCUCGUAAGGGCGGUUUCAAGGACUCACUUCCCGAAGAAAUUUUGGCUGGUGUCUUCAAGGCCAUCAUUGAAAAGACAAAGAUCGAUCCCGCUAUUGUCAACGAUAUUGCCGUCGGCAAUGUCUUGCCACAGGGCGGUGGAGCGACCAAUGCUCGUAUGGCUGCUCUCUAUGCUGGUUUUCCAGAGAGUACUGCCGUAGCUACCUGUAACCGUCAAUGCUCCUCUGGUCUUCAAGCUGUUGUUCAAAUUGCCACAGCCAUUCAAAGCGGUUUGAUUGAAGUCGGUAUUGGUGCUGGUGUAGAAUCCAUGACAAAGAACUAUGGUGCUUCUUCUCUUGCUCCUACUUCUGAAAAGAUUGCUGAUGCAUGCGAAUCAGCUGCUGAUUGUCUCAUUCCUAUGGGUAUCACUUCCGAAAAUGUGGCUGCUCAGUUCAAUGUCUCUCGUGCCAAACAAGACGCUUUCGCCGCUUCUUCUCACACGAAGGCCGUUGAAGCUCAAAAGAACGGCUGGUUCAACGAAGAAAUUGUCCCCUUAGAAGCUACUGUGAUUGAUAACGACGGUAACGAAACUACCGUCGUCGUUGACCGUGACGAUGGUGUUCGUCCUGGAACCACUGCCGAAAAGCUUGCGAAACUCAGGCCUGCUUUUGACGAAAACGGUUCUACCACCGCUGGUAAUGCCUCCCAAGUUUCUGAUGGCGCUGCUGCAGUGCUUCUCAUGAAACGUAAGACCGCUGAAAAAUACGGCCUGCCCAUUCUUGGUAAAUACAUCACCUCUGCUGUGGUGGGUGUACCACCCAAGGUGAUGGGUAUCGGCCCCGCUUAUGCUAUCCCCAUUGCUGUCGAGCGCGCUGGUUUGAAACUUGCUGAUGUCGAUAUCUAUGAAAUCAACGAAGCUUUUGCUUCUCAAGCUGUUUAUUCAGUUGAAAAGUUGGGUAUUCCUUUCGAAAAAGUGAAUCCUAAGGGUGGUGCUAUUGCUUUUGGUCAUCCAUUGGGUUGCACUGGUGCUCGUCAAAUCGCUACUCUCUUACCUGAAUUGAAGCGCCAAGGUAAGAAGGUCGGUGUUACUAGUAUGUGUAUUGGCUCUGGCAUGGGUAUGGCUGCAGUCUUUGAAAGAGAAUAAAGAAGGAUAUCGGAUGUAGAACUUAUUGCACCCAAGGAUUGACACGUAUUACUCUAUGGGUUGAAGUUUUUUUUUUUUAAAAAAAACAAAGGAAUACAAAAGAAAGGCAAAUAUCCUGAAUCGUUCCUUUAGUCCUUCCUCCUUUUUUUUUUUUUUUUUGUUAAAGACAGCUCUU